AAUGAAAGCUAAAAGAUUAACACGCACGCAUAAAAGCGAAAGCGAGCUUCCGCUUGAUGAAGAAGCUUGGUUCCUGCGUUUCCCUCUCUCCAUGCGAAACAUGCGGACAUACCAUUACAUAUCGGGGUUUCAUGUAGUCGGUGGAUAUAUGCUCGUAUCCUGGUAACCUGUUGUCGCGCUCAGCGCUCGGAGCGAUGCGCCGGUACUCUGGGCGCGCCUUGGUUGCCGCCGCAGCCCUAGCGCUGCAGGCAUAUGUUCCAGGGCCAUGUUUAGCAGGCUCCCUGUUCCUGCUGCUCUUCCUGGCAUGGGGCGUCGCGGCCACGCGCCUCUCGCGCCACCCCUCCCGCGUCGCCACCGCCGCCAGCGCCGGCGCCUCCCUGGCCCUGUGGUCCGCCACCGCCGCCGCCGGCUUCACCGCCCUGCUGGCGCAGCUGCUACUGCCGCUGCUGCCGGAUGCCGUGGCCGCCGGCAGUAGCGGGGCAGGCGGCGGCGCCGCCGCAGCCGCGGCGGCGGCGGUGGGGCCUGGGUCGUUCGCCUGGUGGGCGCUGGGUCUGCGGGACCUGUCCAAGUGCGGCGUCUGGGCGCUGAUUGCGGCUCUGGCGCCGCCCGCGCUGUGCGCGCUGACGGCGCUGGCGGAGGCGCAGGACGCCUACGCUGCCUACCGGGCCUCGCGGCGGGCACCCGGCAGCAUCGCUGGCACUGGUGGUUUGACCGGCCGCGCACACAGCACGACCGUUGGCGCCACCGCCGGCAUCGCCCCAUCCGCGUUUGCCAGCAGCGGCGCCGCGGCUGCCGCGGCUGCCGCGGCUGGCAUGGGCGGUGGCGGCGGCGGCGGCGGGCGAAGCGCGGAGGUGGCGGCGGCAGGGGGGCUGGUGACGGCAGUUGCUGCCGGUUUCCUUGCGGCCGCCGCGGCGCUGCUGUGGCCCGCGGUCUUCAACCUGCCCUGGCUGCUCGUCAUGUCGUUGGCGGUCGGCGCCGCCGCAUUUCGGCGGGCGCCGCCGGCGGCGGCGCUGCCGCCGCUGCUGCGGCUGCUGCAGUGCUACUGCGCCGCCGCCCUGGCCGCGCUGUACGCCUGGCAGCUGCAGCCGCCACAGGAGCUACUGCCGCCCGGCUACACCUGGCCGCCGCCGGCUGUAGCAGCCGCGGCGCGCGGGCUUGGGCUGUACCGCUGGUACUGCGCGGACGGCGCCCCAGCGUACGACCUCGUACCGCAGGUCUUGCACGUGGCGGCCCUAACCCUGCUGUACGGCGCAUUGGGUUUUGCCGCCGCCGCCGCCGCCGCCGAGGGCUGGCGGCGCCGCCGGCUACGUGCGACACUGUCCUCCGUCGGGGUCGCGGGCUCGGCUCCGGGGUCGGGGGCUGCGUCGUACGCGCCGCCGCCACCAGUGGCACCGGGGGCGCCACCGCCAACACAGCCCCAACCUGCGGCCGACGCCGCCACCGGGCCUGCGAUGCGCGCCCUUAGCUACAGCCACAGCCGCAGCCACGACCCAUCGCACGGGCUCAGCUACAGCCACAGUCACGGUCAUGCCCACGGACACCGCGACGGCCGCGGCGUCAGCUUGGGCCGACCCGACGGCGGCGGCGCCACCGCUACCGCGGCCGCCGGCGGCGGCGCCGCCGCCUUCGCCAGUGGCGCGGGCGCGCCCUUCCAGCCUCUGGUGGGCUCGGCGGCGGCGACGCUGGCGGCGGCGCAGCUGCUGCGGCGUGUGGGCGGCGCCGCCGCGGCCGUGUCGUCGCACCCGGGGGUGGCGGCGGUGGCUCUGGCGGGGCUGGCCAUGGUGCAGCUGUCGGCGGCGGGUGCGGCGCUGCUGGCGGCGGGCAUGUGGACGCUGCUGGCGCCCGGCAGGUACGGCCGCCAAGCGCUGCGCGCCGCCGCGCCGGGUCUCACGCUGCUGCUGCUGGUGUGGAACGCUGCCGUGUACGUCCUCACCAGCCUGGCCCGCACCUACCCGCACCUGCUGCCGCCGCUGCUGCCGCUGUUGGGGCUGCUGGCCUACGCGCCGCCGCCGCCCGUUGCGCUGCCGCUGGCGGGCCAUGCGCUGGCCAUGAUCGCCAUGGCGGGUCUGGCACGCAGCAGCAGCAGUAGCCGCGGAGGUGGCGGCAGUAGCAAUCGCGGCGGCGGCCGUAGCAGCGGGAGCACCAGAGAACGAAGCGAAAGACGCGGCGAGGAGGCCCAGCAGCAGGAGGCGCGGCAACCGCUACUGCCACCUGGCGGUGCUGUUACUGCCGGCGGCGCCGGUGAUGAUGACGUCGCAACCGCCGCCGCCGCCUCCGCCGCCGCUCCAGCCAGCAGUACUACUGCUGCUACUGCUGCUAGUGCUCCUAGCCCGGCGGUGCUGGGGUGUGUGCUGGUGACCUACCACCUGCUCAACCUGGCUGUGCCGCUCAGCUGGGCGGUGGUGGGGUCCUACCGCCUGGAUGCCUUGCAUGGCGGCUACCUCCUGUGGCUGUUGUGCUACUGCCUGCUACCACCCGGAGGGCGCUGGCAGGGCCUGCCUGGGUGGGGCCGCCGCGGCCCGGCGGCGGGCGCGGGCCGCGGGGUAGGUGGCGGCGGCGGAGGGGGCGGCGGCGGCGGGGGAUGGCGGCGGUGGGUGGGCUGGUGGGGCGUGCUACUGCCGCGGCUGAGGCCCAGCCCGCGAUCGGCGGAGGCGCUACUGCCGGAGGUGGGCACGUGCCUGGAUUGGUACGGUGCGGAGGAGGAGGAGCGGGAGGAGAGGGAGGAGAGGGAGGAGAGGGAGGAGAGGGAGGAGAGGGAGGAGAGGGAGGAGAGGGAGGAGAGGGAGGAGAGGGAGGGAAGGCACACGCCCAUCCCGGGCGGUCGCGGGGUCGUCACAGCGACGCCACAAGGAGCAGGGCUCGCAGCAGCCUCGGAUGUGCCGCCGGCGGCGUCAACGGCCUUCCCGCCGCCGCUGCCCGCCGCGCCGCCGGGCCACCGGCUGCUGCGGCUGUACGGCAGCGCCCACCUCCUCGCCAUGUACGGCGCCAUGACGUACGGACAGCUGUACAACUCGGACGGCGGCGGUACGGCAGGCGGCGGUACGGCAGAUGGCGUUGUCAGUGACAAGGGGUAUGGGGUUUCCGGAGCUCUGGAGCGCUGGCGGCGGGUGGCGGAGCUUCUGGGGCUGUGGGGUCCGGACCUAGGCCGGGCCGCCGACUGCUUGCCGCUGCUGGGGGCGCUUAUGCUCGCCACGGCACACGCCGUCGCCGGCAAGUACCUAGCCGCCGCCGGCCGCGCCGCCGCCGCCGCCAGGGCGGAGGCCGCCGCCUCCUCCUCCACCGCCGCCGCCGCCGCCGGCACUGAAACCACCAGCGCCAUUGCAGUGACGGUGCCGGCGUGGUUGGUGGCGGCGGGCGGCUGGCUGGGUCGGGUGGCGGCGGGCUUUGGGCCGCUGCUGCUGGCGGCGCUGACGGCGGGUCUGGCGCUAGGCGACAUGGAGCUAGGCGGCUGCCUGGGCCUGGGGUACCUGGGGUUGGCGGCGGCGCUGCUGGCGGCGCCGCCGCUGCGGGGGCCCUACGUGGCAGCGCUGCGCCUCAGCCACCGCGCCGAAAGGCAAGGCCGCGCCGCCGCCGCGCCGCCGCCGCACCUUUACCUGUCCGCGCCCGCCUCCGCGGCCGUGCUGCGCUGGCUGGUCCCCGCCGCGCUGGCCCUCUUCGCCGCCGCCGACCUCGCGCUGUCGUACGCCGCCGCCAUGCUGGCGCGGUACGGCAGCUGGUCGGAUCCAGAAUCCCCAGAUUCCCCAGAUUCGCCGGAUCCUCCGGAUCCUCCGGAUCCAGGGCCCGCUGGCGCCGUGGGGCCGGCGUGGUGGCGGUGGCUGCUGGCGGUGGUGUUUGGCGGCCCCGCGCCCGCGCCCGGGCCCCAGCUCGUGGCGGUGCUGCUGCGCCCGUGCGCCGUACUGCUGGCGCUGCAGCUGUACCGCCGCGCAUUCGCCGCAACCGCCGUCGCCAAAUGGCUGCGCCUCCUGCUGCAGCAGCCGCCCGCGGGCGCGGCGGCGGCGGCCGGCGGCGCCGCCGCGGCGGGAGCCAGCGCGGCGGCUACGGCGACGGCUCGCGCCACGGCGCAUGGCGCCAAGCGGCACCGGGACCGGCUGGCGGAGCAGCGGACCACGGCCUGGUUCGUCAAGCGGUGGCUGAUCCUGAAUCUGGAUCUGCUGACGUCACUGCUGCUGUUCGCGGUGGCCAUGGCCUCGCCGGGGGCGCUGGCGGCGGCGCUGCUGGCGGCGGGGGUCGCCGCCGCCGUCGUGGGCGCCUGGCGCGCGGCAGCCGCCGGGCCCGCCGCCGGCACCGAUGGCGGCGACGCGCGGUCAUCACAACGCAGCAGCGGCGACGCGGGUGCAGGCGGCGCGGCGGCGGCGCGGCAGCGGCCGCGGCGCGGCCAGCGGCGGAGGGGCGACCCCAUCCCUGACGACGAAGAGCAGGAGGACGAUGUGGGUGAUGAGCGGGACUCUGAGGAGGGCUAUGCAGCCGUGCCGGAUGUGGAGCGCGGCGCAGCUGCCCCUGCAUUCAGUACUGGGCAACCGGCGCAGCGGCCAGGAGCGGCGGGAGCCUCAACAAUGGAAGCAGCGGCGCUCACACCAGCAACGCCUGCUGUGUACACUGGCUGCACACGCCGCGUCAGCGACAGCGCCGCCAUUGCGGUGUUCUUCGCGCUGUGCAAGCUGCUGCUGGCGGCGUGGCUGCUGGCGGCGGCGGCGCUGCAGGUGGGGCUGGUGGCGGCGCUGGUGCAGCGGGUGUCGGCAGCGCAAGAGCAGGCGGCGGCGGACCGGGCCGGCGGCGGCGGCGGCGAGGCGCCGCCGCGGCCGGUGCUGACGCUAGCGAUGAUCCUCGGCUGGCUGGGGCUGCCUACCUGCACGCUACUGCCGGAGGAUGGAGGGGCGGCAGAGCUGCUCGGCAGUAGCAGCGACCUUGCCGCCUCAUAUGCGGCGGACCUGGGAGGUGGCGGCGGGUGGGUGCGGGACCUGCUACAGCCGCUGUGGGCGGCUGUGGCGGCUGUGGCGGCUGUGGCGGCGGCGGCGCUGGGCGGGCCGGAGGCGGCGGCGCUGGCGCCGGAGUGUGAUCCGGCUCCGGGGGUGCGGCUGCUGCUGACGCUGCAGCUGCUGUGUCUGGCAGCUCUGUCGCUGAGGAGCAAGGCGCGCAGGUGGCGAGCCAAGCUGCCGGCGGCGGUGGUGGCGGCGGCGGCUUCCGGCCAGCCGUGUUGCCUGUUCUGGCCGCCGCCCGCCUGCCGCCCGGACGCUGAGGUGCUGCCUGGGCUGUUGGGGCCGCGGGCGCUGCCGCGGCGGGUGCUGCGGCGGGCGGUGGCGCCGCUGGUGGCACUCACACACAAGAUCCUUGCCAAGCUGGGUCGCGGCGCCUACGAUGUGCUCAAAGCCAUGGACGUGCCCGCGGACAGCCUGGCAGCGGCUGUAGCAGGCGGCGACGAGGGGGCCGGCGAGGACAUCGACGGCAGUAGCAGCAGAGGCGGCGGCGGCGCCGCCGCCGGGCCCGGGCCAGUGGCAGCGGCGGGCGUGGGGCAGAAACCGAGCGGGCGCUUGAGUCGGGGCGGGGAGGUUGCUACUGGAGGUGGCAGCGGCGCGGGUGCUGGGGGCCGCACGCCGCCGCCGCAGCCGUUUGCCAGCCUGGCGGGCACGGCGUCAUCAUCGGCGGCGCACAGGCUGACGGGAGCCGCCGCCGCCGCCGCCGGUGCAGAUCCUGUUGCUACAGCCCCUUCCGCUGCUGGUGCUACUGCCGCGCCCGCUGCCUUCCCCCGGGCCGGCGGCGGCGCGGUUGGCCCCGGCGCCGUGCCUCCAUCAGUCCCGCUCCGUGCCGGCACGCCGGCUCCCCGCCGUACCACAGCCGGUGGCGGCGGCGCCGCCGCCGCCGAUGCUGCUGAUGCCGAUGCAGACGGCGAUUUCAAUGGCUGUAGCGGCAGUAGCGGCACGGGCGGCAGUAGCGGCCGUAGCGGCCCUGGCAACUGGCUGGCACUGCAUGUGGUGAUGCUGGUGCGGGGUGGCAUGGAGGCGGCGGAGGGCGCCUGGGCGGCGGCGGGGGCGGAGGCGGCGCUGCUGGCGCUGCUGCUGGCGGCGUUCACGGCGGCAAGCGCGGUGUCGCUGCCGCUGCUGGCGGCGCUGGGGCUGGGCAUGGCGGCUGGGCCAAGGCUUCACGCGCGGCUGCGGCGCUGGCUGGUACUGCCGCUGCUGUGCGCGCUGCUGCUGUACUGCUACUGCGCCUGGGUGGGCCUGUCGCAGCUGCUACUGCCGCUGCUGCUGCCGUACCUGCACCUUCCGCCGCCGCCGCCGUCGCCGGAGCCCCCGCCCUCCGACCCCCUGCCGCCGCUGCCGCUGCCGUCCGAGCUGCUGGCCCUGCCUCCUGUGCUUGCGGCCUGGCUGGGGCUGCAGGCGGUGGGGCCGCUGCUGCCGUGGACGAUGUUCAUUGCCGUGGUGGCCUGCCUCAUGCAGGUGAACUGCGAGAUCGGCGCCGCAUCGCCCUCGCCAGCCGCAACUGACGCGGCUGCCGGCGGCAAGCCCGCCGCCGCCGCUUCUUCCUCAUUAGGCAACAGCGGCACAGCAGCUGGCGGUGGCGGUGGCGGCGGCGGCGGCUCGCUCUGGUUGCGGCGCCACCCAUCCUCAGACGGCGGCGGCCUCACCACACCGCUGCUGCAGCUCCCUCCUCCGGGGCAGCAGCAGCCGGGCGGGGCCGCAUCUGGUCGCGCGCCGCCGCCGCGCAGCGCAGGCAGCAGUGGAGCCCCCGCCGCUGUGGGUGCCGCCGGCGGCACUACCGCCGGCGGCGGCAGCAGCACAUGUCGGCGGGGCGCGACUCGUCUGUUCCGACCUGUGGAGCUGUGGGCGCAGCCGCAGUGGGGCGUGCUGGACUGGGCCCGGUACUGGCUGGUCCGCCACGCCUCCGACCUGUUGCUGGUGGCGCUGGUGGGCCUGACCGCCCUGCAGCGCGACCUGCUGCGAGCAGGCUACCUCGCCACCUGCCUGCUGCUGUUCAGGCGGCGGCCGCAGCUGUCCGCCCCGGGCGGCGCGGGCGGCGCGCUGUUUGGGCGGCUGGUGGGCUUCAACUUUGCAGUGCUGGCGGCGGAGGGGCUGUUCCAGGCGCCGUGGGAGUUGCAGCUGGGCCGCGCCUGGGCCCAGCCCUGCAGUCUGGCGGGUGCAACACCGGGUGGUGGCGGCGCCGCGCCGCCGGUCGCCGUGGCCUGCACCUUCCCGCGCCUCAUGGGCCUGUGCCAGCUACAGCCCGGCCGCGGCGGCCUCUCCGCUGCCGCCGACAACGCCUCUUCGUGGCCUUUCGGCUUCCUGCAGCCCGGCCUUUCGACGACCACGUACGGCGCCGGCGGCGGCGGCCCGGGCGGCGUGUUCAGCCCCUGGCUCGCGCUGUUGGACUCCCCGGUCUUUGCCGACAUUGUGAUCUGGAUCCUGUUGCGGCUGUACAUCCACACACUGCGGUCGCCGCUGUUUGCCGCCGCCGCCCGGCUGGCGGCGGCGGCGGGGGCGCGGGAGGUGGCGGCGCUGAGGCGGGCGGCGGCGGACGCGCGGGAGGCGGCGGCGCGCGGCGCGCUGGCGGCGAGCCACGCGCGCGCGGUGCGGCUGCGGCGCAUUGCCAAACUCAAGGCGCUGCUGCUGUCGCCAGGCGACGGCCUGCCCGGCGAGGACGCCUUGGGCCCCGGCGGCGGCCCGGGCGGCGCCGCGGCCUCCGCCUACCUCCGCGACCUGCGUGAGCUGCAGCAGCUGCGGCAGCUGCGCGACACGUCGGGCAGCAGCCUGGGAGGCCUGGGCGGCGGCGGCGGCGCGGCGGCGGCAGCAGCUGGAGGAGGAGGCGGUAACGGCGGCGGUAAUGGCGGCGGUAAUGGCGGUGGCGGUGGCGGCACCCGGAGUCUCAUGUUUGCAACCGGCGGGGGGCCGCAGGUGGUGGGUCUGGCGGAGCUGCUUGACGCCGACGUCGAUCUCAAAGACAUGGCCGCGGCGGCGGCGGCCGCGGCCGCAGCGGCGGGCCUUCCUGGCGCGUCGGCUGGCGACUGGUCCGGUGGGGGCGGCAUGCGCUGGCGGCCGGGGCGCAGUGGCGCGGCCGGAGAUCAGGACGCAGCCUCAGCUGCGGCGUUCUACAACGCUACCGCACGACAGGGCGCCGACAGUGACUUUGGUGCCGGCGGCGGCGGCGGCGGCGGCGGCAGCCGCCGGGGCCCGCGCCGCGCCCGCUCUCACACGGAUCUCGAAGCCGUUGCGGACGCCGCCACAGCGGCGGCGAUGCUGCAGCACCAGCAGCAGACAUACCCUUAUCUUCAAUACGCGGCGACGGACAUCGGCGGCUUUGGCGGCGGCGGCGGCGGUGACGUCACCGACGGCACCGAUGCAGACGCCACACCACUGGGCACGUCGCCUCGCGGCUGGUCGCCAGGCGGCGGCGGCGGCGGCGGCGGCGGCGGCAGUGGCCGCCACCGCCGCCACGCCUCUGCAGAGGCGCUUGACGUGCUUGGCAGCGGCGGCGGCGGCGGCGGCGGCGGCGGCGGCGGCGGCGGCGGCGGCUUCCUGGUUCCACCGCGGGACGGCAUCAUGGCGGCCGCCGUCGGCGCCGCCGGUGGCGCUUGGCGCACAGCACCCGCUGCCGGCGGCGCCGCCGGCGCCGGCAGCGAAAUCCAGCCGUUGCCGUCAGAGCGGCCGCGCAAGGCGGUCGCGGCUGGAGGGCCCGACGCCGACGCCGACGGCGGCCAGGGUGACGGCGGCAACCCGCCGGGCGGGCGGCGGCGGCGGCGGCUGGUCUGGCCGCCGCUGCUGCGGCGGCUGUUCGCCUGGCUGGCGGCGCCGCUGCUGGCGGCGGCGGCGGCGCGGCGGCGGCAGGACGACGAUUCGUACACGGCGUACGGCGCCUUCCUGCUGCUGUUCCUGUCGGACUUCUCACUGCUGUCUGCCGUACUGCCGCUGUCCAUGUUCAUGUACGGACUGAUGCUGCGGCGCAAGCCCCGGCAGUACUGGCAGGCCUGCCUGCUGUACCUGGAGGGGCUGCUUGUGGCCCAGUACUCCUACCUGGUGCUGGGCAGGUGCCUGUGUGCCACUGGAGGAGGAGGAGGCGGAGGAGGCGGAGGCGGGGGGCCGGCCAGCUGCAUCUGGGUGUUUGGGCGGCGCAGCUUCCUGUACCGCAUCCAGGUUCUGGGCCUGCACGCCGACCCGCUGGACUGCCUGCCCCUGUUCCUAGCCUACCUGGCCGCACUCAUGCACAGCUACAGCCUGGGGGCGGUGUACGCGGCUGUAGCAGCGGGCGCCGGCGCGGGCACAGGGGCUGUAGCAGCGGGAGCCGGCGCAGGGGCUGUAGCAGCAGGCCGUGGCGGCGGCGCACUCACGCCGGUCGGGUCAGCUGCGCUGCAAGAUGCUACUGCCGCCGCCGCCGCAGCGAACGGCGCCGCUGGCGCCGCCGUGGUUGGCGGCGGCGGCGGCGGCGGCAGUAGCAACACUGGCAGUAGCACUGGCGGCCGUGGCGGGCGCGGGGCGGGCGGCUGGGUGGCGGCGGCGCUGUCUUGGCUGUCGUUCCGGCAGCUGCGGCGGCGGGCGGCGGCGGGCGGGCAGGCGGUGGCGAGGCUGGUGACACACGUCGCGUCCGUGUACAGACUGGUGACCUCGCCGCACGAGGUGAGCCCCAGCUGGGUCAAGCUACAGCUGCAGCUGCCGCCCAGCAGCGGUGCUACUGCUGCUACAGCCACUGGCCGCACGCCGCUACUGCCGGCUGCCCCUGCUACAGCUGCUGUUGCCCCUGCUACUGCUGCUGCUGCUGCUGCUGUCACCGUGGGGGCGGCGGAUGCUGGCGGCGCGGCGGCGACGUCGGCUGCCGCGCCUGGCGGCAGUGGCAGUGGCAGCGGAAGCGGAGGCCUGCCGCCACGCGCACCGCCGGCGCAACAGCCAGCGUCCUCUUCAUCUGUACCUUCUUCGAGCGCGGUGUCAGCGGCGGCUCUGCCGCCGGCGGCCGCGGCGCCCGCUCAGCUUCCCGCACCCGCUUCGGAGGCUCUGGAUGCCGCGGCAGCAGCUCCCACCUCGCUUUCCGCGCCGCCGCCUCCGGCGACUGCCCUGUCGGGCGUCCCACGGCCCCAGGUCGGACUGCUGACGGGGGCGGCGCUGACAGCGGCGCUGUCAGACAUGCUGGCAGCGGUGUAUUUGCACGGGGAGGCGGUGGCGGCGGCGCAGCGGGCGGCGGCGGCGCGCCGGCGCGCCAAGGCGGCUGCGAAGCGACAGCUGUCGGGCCGCCGGUGGGACCGCGCGAGCGAGGACGGCGAUGGCAGUAGCAGCUCAGACGACGGCGGCAGUAGCGACGACGACGAAGAGGACGCGGCGGCGGGCGAUGAAAACGACGUCGGGCUCCUGACGUCUGGAACAGGCCCUGGCGGCGGCGGCGGCGGCGGCGGCGGUGGCGGCGGCGGCAGUAGCACCUUCUUAUCGAUUGCCACUUCGUCCCAGGCUUCGGCUGUAGCUGCCCGGGCGGCUCGCUACAGCCUGCCCCGGCUGCGGCUGCAGCACGAGGCUGUAGCUUCCUCCGGCACCACGCUGCACGUGCUGCUGGAGGUGCUACAGCCUCAGGCGCUGCCGCCGCCGCCGCCGCCGCCCCUGCUGUCCAGCAACAAUAACACCAUGGUCAGCACUGCGCGGCCGGCGGCGCCGCCCCCCGGCGCGCUCAUGGCGGCGGCUGUAGCCGCGUCUGGCGGCAAGCCCGCCAGCCCCAGCCCCGCACACGACGUGGCGGACAUGCUACAGCUGGCGGCGGCGGCGGUGCAGCGGCAGCAGCAGCUGGCGGCACACAACGCACUGACGCCGGUGCCGCCCUUCCGCCGCCAGCAGCAGGCGCCGCCGGCGCCGCCGGCGCCGCCAGCUGCUUCCGCCGCCGCCCUGCCGCCGCCGCCGGCUCCGCCGCCGCCGCUGGCGGUGCCGCCGCCGCCGCCGGGCCUGCCACCCAUCGCCGCCGUGGAGUGCUACAGCCAGCCGCCAGCAGACUACUACGCCGCAUCAGUGGCCCUGGACUUCCUGUCGUUCGGCUGGGCGGCCGUGUUCUACCAGCUGGUGGUGGCGUCCGCACACAGCCUGGCCGACAUCACAGACGCCGACCGCAGGCUGCCGCUGGACUACCUGGCAGCGCUCAUGCUGCUGUUCGGGCUGAUGGUGGCGGAGCGGGCCGUGUACGUGCUGGGCUGGCCAGCAGCCAAGAUGGGGCUGCACGCGGGAAGCAUGGUGCUGGUGUUGGGCUGGAGCCUGCACGCCUACUGGCAGGCGGUGGCGGGGCAGGGGCCCGGCGGCCAGGCGCCAGCCAGCGGCGGCGGCGGCGGCGGCUCUGUGCAUGGGUCGCCUGACGGCAUGCGCUCGCACCUACGUGUGUUCCUGCUGCUGCGCUGCCUCAGCCUCGCGUUGGGCGCACUGCAGCUGCGCGACGGCUACCCGCCGCUGUCGGCGCCGGGUCCGGGCGGCGGUGGCGGCGGCCGAGCGGCGUCGUUCUUCUACCGCCGUCCCGACAUGUUCCAUUACACCAUCUUCAACGUGUUCUACAGCCUCCCCUUCCUGUACGAGCUGCGCUGCCUGCUGGACUGGACGUGUGUGGCCACUGCUCUGGACUGGUACGGCUGGCUGAAGCUGGAGGACGUGCGCAGCAGCCUGUUCGUGGCCACAUGCCGAAACGCCAUGCGGCGUGGGCGGAGUGUGGGUGAGCGCGUGCCGCGAUACGUCAAGUUCAUGCAGGGCUUCCUGGCCCUGGUGGCGCUGCUGCUGGUGCUGUGGCUGCCGCCGCUGUUCUUCUCCAGCGGCGCACCCACCUACCAGGUGCCCGCGCUGCAGGACGUGCACCUCAACAUCUCCAUCACGCAGGUGUUCACCUCGCCCGAGGCCUCGAGCCUCUCGCGCUUCCCGGUCUUCAGCACCGGCGACCGCCGCAUCGUGUUCCAGUGGUCUGUGCCCGCGCCGCCCCCCGCGCCGCCGCCCUCGCCGCCGGCACCGCAGCCGCCGCCUCGGCUCCUGCGCACGCCGCUGCCCUCCCCCACCGCCGGCGUGCCGCCCCUGAUGCAGCAGCAGCAGCAGCAGCAGCAGCAGCAGCAGCAGCAGCAGCAGCAGGCGGCCACGGCGGAAGCAGACCAGCCGCCGUUGCGAGGCGGCAGCCGCCGCCGCCGCCGCCGGGCCACUGCGGAGGCGUGGAGCGCGGCGGCGGCGGCGGCGGCUCCCCAUCCCUCAUCGUCGCCACCCCCGCCGCCACCUGGCAGCCCCGGCGGCAGUAGCAACAGCAGCGGCGGCGGCGGCAGUGGCGGCAGUAGCACGGGCUUGCUGCCUCGCGCCCUGUCGGGCUACGCGCCGGAUCAGACCAUGGGCGUGUGCCUGGCCGCUGAGUCAGACGCCGUGUGGCACGUGUCGCCGCCGGCACGAGCCGCCCUGACCGACAUGCUGCUGGCAGGACUGCCGCCGCCGCCGCCGCCGCCAGAUGACAUGGUGGCGGCGGCGGCGGCGGCGGCGGCAGGGAGGUUGCGAGCGGGGGCGCUGGCGGGGGAUGCGGGGGGCGGCGGUGGGGAGGUGGACGUGCCAGUGGUGCUCGAGGUGCGCUGGAUGCUGGUGCGCUCCGCACCGGGCGCCUCGGAGCGCGGGGGACCGGGCUGCGCCGCCGCCGCCUACGUGCCGCUGUCGCCGCCCGCACGCCGGGAGCUAGCGGAGCUGCUGUCCGGCCGCACCAACCGCACCCGCCUGCUCACAGCCGCCAACGCCACGCACCCCGACCAGCCCGGAGGCCCCGGCCUGUUCCCCCUCUUCAUGCGACUUCGCGGCGACUCCUGCAGUGUACGACUGGGGUUACAGCCGCAGGGGCCAGACGUAACCGCCGCCGCCGGCGCGCCGCCGCCCACGCUGCAGCUGCAGCUGCAACAGCCGCUGCUACAGCCGCGCUGGGGCGCUGCCGCGGGCGGCAGCGGCGCGGGUAAAAGGGCUGUAGCAAGCGGCGGCGGAGGCUGGGAUGGGGGGCGGAGGAGGAGGCUGUUUGAGGCGGCGCGGCAGCAGCUCGGCAGCUGGUGGGAAGGUGCGCGGGGACGGGUCGGCGGCAGUAGCAUUGCGGCCGCGGCUGCUACUGCUGCAGCCGACGCCGAGCUGGCGGACCGCUGGGGUGCGGCCAUGGUUGGCUGCUACGCCGAGCUCUCGUCCCCUGCUGGCGGCGGCGGCGGCGGCGGUUACAAUCAGUGGUGGGCGUUCCGCUGCGGCGCGCUACUGCCGCCGCCGGCGUCGCCGUCAGGAGGCGGCGAUGACGACGACGACGGCGGCGGCGGCGGUGGAGAAGAUCCGGAUGAGCCGCCGUCGUCAGUGCCGCCGUCGGAGCCGGGGCCGCCAGAGCCGGCGGCGGCGCCGGCGGCGGCGCCGGAGGCGGGUGGAAGUUAUGUGCCCGAGCCCAAGAAGUUCCAAGAGUCAAGGGACCUGCAGCAGCAGACGGCGGCGGCGGCGGCGGCGCUGGAGCAAGCGGCGGCGGCGCUGGCGGCGGCGGUGGGCGCGGGAGACGAAGUGGCCAGCACAGGACCUGCUUCGGGACAUGAGGCUGCUGUGCACGUCGGGCAGCGGCGGCUGCAGCAGCAGGCAGGGGGAGAUGGAAGGUCCCUCGCGGAGGGGCGAGUCGGCUCCGCGGCCCGUGACAGCGGCGCCAGCGACGCCCCCGGCGGUGGUAGUGGUGGUGGCGCGGCGGCGGACGCAGACACAGACGCAGACGCGCUUCAGGACCCCUGCGCUGCGGCACCGGGCGGCGGCAGUAGCAGUGGUGGCAGUGGCGGCGGCGGCGGUGGCGGCGGCGGCAGUAGCAGUGGCGGCCUGGGCGGGCCCCCCAUUGUGGCUGUGCUGGAGCCGGUGCAGAGCGGACUGCUGGGUGCCACGCUGUCGCGCUUCGGCAUCACGGGCCUGUACGUCACCUUUGUGUUCGCCAUCGGUCGCUUCCUGCGCCUGUCUGUGGCGGGGCUGCGGCUGCGCAUCCCCACCGAGGACCUGCCCUCCACGAGGCGACUGGUGGCGCUGUGCGGCGACAUAGCCGUGGCGCGGGCGGAGGGCGAGCUGGUUCUUGAGGAGCAGCUGUUCCGGGCGCUGAUCAACGUGUACCGCUCACCCGACCUCCUGUUCGAGCUCAGCCGCAAACAACACAACAGGCAGUAGCAGUGGUAGCUGCGGCAGCAGCAGCAGCAGCUGCAGCAGCAGUAGCAGCAGGUGGAUGGACGGCAGGGGCUGGAGGAGUGGUAAACGAGUGGUGGUAGGCACAGUGGGGCUGAAGCAGGUGCGGUGUGAGAGUGGGUGGUGUGUGGGCUGUGAUUGUGUGUAGUAGUAUGAUUGUGUGACUGCGUGGUUGUUGCUGUGGCGGCGGAGGCACAGCUAGGGAGGGAGAGCGCCAAGAAAGAGAGAGAGUGUAUGUGGGGAGUGGGGAGAGUGAAGGAAGGAACAGAGCUUAAGUGGAGAACCAAGGCAAGGACACGGUGUUUGCGUACCUCCUUGCGCGCACAGGGGAGAGUGGGGGAUUCUUGUAAUUGGGAUUGAGU